UCUAUACGAAGCCUCUCACUCCUACAAUCCCUCUUUUCUCAAACCCUAAAAUCUCAUUCACACACAUUCUCCUAAACAAACCCUAGACCACAAAUUUUAGAUACAGAUAAUAAUGGCUGGUAAAGGUGAAGGUCCGGCGAUCGGAAUCGAUCUAGGUACUACCUAUUCGUGUGUCGGUGUGUGGCAACACGAUCGUGUCGAGAUCAUUGCCAAUGAUCAAGGUAACAGGACCACGCCGUCUUAUGUUGCUUUCACCGAUUCUGAGAGGUUGAUCGGUGAUGCUGCCAAGAAUCAGGUUGCAAUGAACCCUACGAACACUGUUUUCGAUGCAAAGCGUCUUAUCGGUAGAAGAUUUAGUGAUGCCUCUGUACAGAGUGACAUCAAAUUGUGGCCCUUCAAGGUCACUUCUGGUCCAGCAGAGAAACCGAUGAUUUCUGUCACUUACAAAGGUGAAGAGAAACAAUUUUCAGCAGAAGAAAUCUCAUCUAUGGUUCUCAUUAAGAUGAAGGAAAUUGCUGAAGCUUUUCUUGGAACAACGGUUAAAAACGCAGUUGUUACAGUUCCUGCUUACUUUAAUGACUCACAGAGGCAAGCCACCAAGGAUGCUGGUGUUAUUUCGGGUCUCAAUGUCAUGCGUAUCAUCAAUGAGCCAACCGCUGCUGCUAUCGCUUAUGGUCUUGACAAGAAGGCGACCAGUGUUGGCGAGAAGAACGUGUUGAUCUUUGAUCUUGGUGGUGGUACUUUUGAUGUGUCUCUUUUGACGAUUGAAGAGGGUAUCUUUGAGGUCAAAUCGACCGCUGGUGACACUCAUCUUGGUGGAGAGGACUUUGAUAACAGAAUGGUGAACCAUUUUGUUCAAGAGUUCAAGAGAAAGCAUAAGAAGGAUAUUACUGGAAACCCAAGAGCAUUGAGAAGGUUGAGAACUUCAUGUGAGAGAGCAAAGAGAACUUUAUCGUCCACCGCUCAAACCACCAUUGAAAUUGACUCUUUGUACGAGGGUGUUGACUUUUACUCCACCAUUACCCGUGCUAGAUUCGAAGAGCUGAACAUGGACCUGUUCAGAAAGUGUAUGGAGCCGGUUGAGAAGUGUUUAAGAGAUGCCAAGAUGGAUAAGAGCAGUGUCCAUGAUGUCGUUCUUGUUGGUGGUUCCACCAGAAUUCCCAAAGUUCAACAAUUAUUGCAAGAUUUUUUCAACGGAAAGGAGCUCUGCAAGAGCAUUAACCCUGAUGAAGCAGUUGCAUACGGUGCUGCGGUCCAAGCUGCGAUCUUGAGUGGCGAGGGCAAUGAGAAGGUUCAAGAUUUGCUUCUUUUGGAUGUCACCCCACUAUCUCUUGGGCUUGAAACCGCUGGCGGUGUUAUGACGGUCCUCAUCCCAAGAAACACCACCAUCCCAACAAAGAAAGAGCAAGUGUUUUCAACCUACUCCGACAACCAACCAGGUGUUUUGAUUCAGGUUUACGAAGGUGAAAGAGCGAGAACACGUGACAACAACUUGUUAGGCAAGUUUGAGCUUUCCGGAAUCCCACCUGCGCCCAGAGGAGUCCCACAAAUCACCGUCUGCUUUGACAUUGACGCCAACGGUAUUCUAAACGUCUCUGCGGAAGACAAAACAACUGGUCAAAAGAACAAGAUCACCAUUACCAACGACAAGGGCAGGCUUUCGAAGGAAGAAAUCGAGAAGAUGGUUCAAGAGGCAGAGAAGUACAAGGCUGAGGAUGAGGAGCACAAGAAGAAGGUGGAUGCUAAGAAUGCAUUGGAGAAUUAUGCAUACAACAUGAGAAACACGAUCAAGGAUGAGAAGAUUGGGGAGAAGUUGAGCCCAGAAGACAAGAAGAAGAUUGAGGAUGCUAUUGAUGAGGCUGUCUCAUGGCUGGAUAACAACCAGCUUGCUGAAGCGGAUGAGUUUGAAGACAAAAUGAAGGAGCUGGAGAAUGUCUGCAACCCGAUCAUCGCAAAGAUGUAUCAGGGUGGAGCUGGUGAUGCUGCGGGUGGGUCGAUGGAUGAUGAUGUUCCAGUUGGUGGAGGCGGUGCUGGCCCGAAGAUUGAGGAGGUCGAUUAAGUUUGUUUAUUUUGUUAUGUUUGGGGUUUCAUUUUAAAACUAUGUUUCGAAUUCCUGUUCUUUGGGGAUAAUUUUGUUGGGCUGUUAAGUUUCUAGAUAUUCGUUUUGUUUACUUAUUUUGUUGGGCU